UCCGGUAGACUUGUUCACAACCGCCCGACAAAGUCAUAACACGAAUACGUUUGACUCGCCGUUCAAGGUCGAGCCGAAAGUCGACGACAAGAGGAACGACCCGAUGUGGCAUUUCGUAGCCAGAGGGCGUUAUUUGGAUGGGUCGACGAUGGCGGGUAGGAAGAGCGGUCGUCGAUGCCUGUGUAGGUUCUGCGGGCGUUCGAUUUGUGGGGGCGCUAAAGCCGCUAAGGAACACUUAUCGAAGAGCGAGAAGUUCCAAUGUGAGGCAGCCACUCCUGCUGUGUGGUAUGUGAUAUGGUCGAAGGACAUGACAAAAUAUCCGAAGGAGUUCACGUCGGCCAUAGAAACAUUGCAGAGCUUAUUGCCAGGCCAUCCGAGCUUGCACUGGCCACCUCUUCGAUUCCCCGAGGAUGCAGUGCCGCCGCUGGUUCCUGCCAACGCCCCUUCAGGACCAGUCGCCAGUCGCAUCGCCCAAUUCUGGGGCUCCAACUAUUCGAGUCACGAGUUGACACAGAUUGUGGGCGAUGAUCGCUGGCGUAAGACUAUUUGGUCGACCAGCAAGAUCCGCAAGGACGCCGCAGAGGUCACUGCGUGUAUCGGCUCCCCUCCAUGGUGGGAGGAUUUGAGAGCUCUGUGCAAGAUGCUCGAGCCCAUCAUGGACAUGCUGAGGUUGGUGGACAGCGACACACGCCAGAUCAACAAGAUUCUGCGACGUUACGAGGAGACGAUUGCAUCUUGUUUAUCCGCAUGUCGUGACAUUGAUCGGGACCAGCAAGACGCUAUUCUGGAGGUGUUCCUCAGGCGGCGCACCAUGUUCAAGACCCCUGCCCACAUGGCAGCCAUGCUGCCAGAUCCAGAGUUCCGAGACACAACGCUGUGUGACGAUGCGGAGGUGCAGCAGGCCUUGGUCGAGGCCCUGGUCAAGUUCGGCUACCCGGAGGGAUCGCCGCAGCACCGGAAGGUCCAACGAGCGGUCCCCAAGCUCCACAUGAGGGAGCCCCCUUUCAAUGAGCUCACCAUGCAGCGAGCUGUGGAUAUCUUUGAUCACCCUGCCAGUUUUUGGUCCUCUAAGAAGGCGAAGUUCCCUCACACGGCCGUGUUUGCAGGCAAGAUCCUUCGUAUAUGGGCGACUGCAUCACAGUGCGAGAGAGCCUUGUUUCGUUGGAGCUUCAUUCAUUCGAAGUCUCGCAACAGGUUGGAGGUUCUCUGGGCUGAGAAGCUUGUGCUGUGCCACUGGAACCUCAGGCUACUCGAUCGACCUUCGUUGUGCGACGAUGGUGUUGGAGAGAGGCCCGACAUCUUCGGGAAAUGGGUGCAUUAUUGGCAGGUCGUGGAGGACGAGGCGGUCGUGGACCAGCAGCUCGUCAGAGGCACCGGUGCGCUGGCGAAGCCGAGCGUCGAUGAGAGCGUGAAACACAUCAUGGGCCUUAUUCUCGAGGGCAUCGGCGGGAUUGAUUGGGUGGUUUCCCGCAUUGCGCAAGCGACGCUGGUUACACGGUUCUUCAAGCGUCAUGGACAUGCGAGAGAGGUUCUUGAGGCGUACUCGAAGAAGACUCUUCAGCUACCGGCGGAGACGCGUUUCAGCACGAACGUCAUCAUGAUGACGAGGCUGGUGGAACUGCGGGCAGAGUUGACACCGGUUGUGGGCGACGAUCGCUGGCGUGAUACUGUUUGGUCGACCAGCAAGAUCCGCAAGGAUGCCGCGGAGGUCACUGCGUGUAUCGGCUCCCCUCCAUGGUGGGAGGAUUUGAGAGUUCUGUGCAAGAUGCUCGAGCCCAUCAUGGACAUGCUGAGGUUGGUGGACAGCGACACACGCCAGAUCAGCAAGAUUCUGCGACGUUACGAGGAGACGAUUGCAUCUUGUUUAUCCGCAUGUCGUGACAUUGAUCGGGACCAGCAAGACGCUAUUGUGGAGGUGUUCCUCAGGCGACACACCAUGUUCAAGACCCCAGCCCACACCGCAGCCAUGCUGCUAGAUCCAGAGUUCCGGUGUCGGUGCGAAUACCCUUACAAGGGUAUCCGCCCUGGUUUUUGCAAGCGAUAGAAAAUAGUUUUGGUUUAAAGUUUAAGUAUACCGCGCUAGGCGCGG